UUUAAUAACUAUUUUUUUUUUCAAACUAAUUUAUCUACCUCAAACGUUUAUUUUUUAUAAUUAAUUACUAUGCGUUUGUGUUAGAUGACAUAUCUAAAUCAUAAAACGCGUUAGCCAGAGUUGCUGACUAUGUUCGCUUUAAAGAAAUCUCUGACCACAUUGGCUGGCCGCCGAUUGCGUGGGACAAAGUUGUUUCUAACUGAGGCAUACAGGUGUGAAGACGUGUGGCAAGAACGGCUGGACUGUUCGUUGCUAAAGAAAGUCGAACCUGAAGUGCUGUACCACAAGUUGUCCACCUCUUUGGAACAAGGAUCGAAGCAAAUUAGUGCCGUUGAUCUGGAUGUGUUUGCUAACUCAUUGACAGACAAUACAUAUUUAGAGGAGUURGAGGAACUCACGCAUAAGUUUCGUUUGUCUGCGCAGACCGGCACGCUGCUGCCAUCCACACAUCAUGCGGUCGUGCGGUUGCUUGUUGCAACAAAUAGUGUCAAUGACCUGAUUAGGAUACUGAAGGAUCGCCUAAAUUACGGAAUUUUUCCCGACUACUAUCUGUGUAAUUUACUAAUGGACCGUUUCUUAAAAGACAAUGAUAUUCGAAAUGCURCAGUGAUCGCUUCCAACCAAAUGUUACAAGAAGAACUGGACAACGAUAUUACCAAAGCCAUAGGAUUAUAUUCUUGUUUGAAAUAUAUCACCAAUCCCCCUGAAUGGGAGGAUGCAAAACCAGAAACAGAAAAAGCAAAUAAUGAUGAUGAUGAAGAAGAUAGAAGAGUACGUGUCGACUUUUUGAGAAAUCCAUAUUUUGAUGAUCACUUUGAUUUGGUAGAUGGUGAUCACUUAGUUGGAAAAACUAUGUUAGCGAUUAGUAGAAAAAUUAAUAAUACUAUACUAAGCAAUAGCAUUAAGACUCUUGGAUUAACUUAUUAUAACCGAUGGAGUGAUUUAGGUGAUCAUCUCAAAAAACCUGAUGCUUCUGUGUAUUUGGAAACAAUUGAGUUGGCAAUUGCUGCUAUAGAUAAAAGACCACCUGAAAAUGCAGAGCAAUUAAAAGAUUCACUUUCAAAAUUGAAAAUCGAAAACAAAAAUUUAACCGAAGAAUCAAAAAACUUUGUAAAUGAGGCAGUAUCUAAAAAUGAAGAAAAAGAAAUACAGAACCAAAAAACGAUUUACAAACAAUGGGAAUCCUUCAGGCGAGAAGAGCUAUCACGAUACCUUGACCAUUUAAAUAAGUUAAAACGUUUACAAAAGGUUCAACAGGCUAAACAGGAUCUCAAAGAAAAAGAACAGUUGUUGUUCUUCUUUGAUAAUGAACACAAACAUGACCUAGUUAAAGAAGAAAAACUGAAAAGAAUGAAAAAGACAGUGAUUAAAGACAAGAACCUUAAAGAUGAUUUAACAUAUGUUCCACCAGAAAUCAGAAAACCUGGUUUCAAACGAGAUUAA